AAAAGUCCUCGCCUUGGUGACGGAUGCUCAAAAGUUCAGAAGUUUUUCCAAUGCUUCCCAAAGCUGCCCGCGACCGAAAAAGAGACUGAAAAAAAAACCCCACCAAAAACAAGUUGACAUCGGUGGACCGGGAAGGUGGAUAUUUGUAAAUUCCCCUUAGAAAGAAACAACCACUGUUGUCCCCUCCUGGGCAGAGACAACUUGUUGCCGAUCGCGGUGGAACCAGGCGCUGGGAGCCGCUCGGCCCAGGGCGUUUAAUUUGGCAUUUGGAAGUGGCUUUCUCCGCGGCGAGUACUGGUGUGGAGUGCGGGGCUUUUGCUGGUGCCUUUUACCGGCCGAAGAAGAGGAGGCUUUUUUUUUCCCCUCCGCGUUUGUGCGAGGCCGGGGGGUGACUGAUCGCCGGCUGGAACUCGGUCUGGAGGGGCUGGGGGGGGAGGGAGGGAGGGAAAGUUGUUUGGUCCGGCGGGGAGGGUGGGGGAAACUGACGGGAGGACAUGCAGGCUCGCUACUCUGUGUCCAGUCCCAACUCCCUGGGAGUCGUGCCUUACCUCGGCGGGGAGCAGAGCUAUUACCGGGCCGCUGCGGGAGGGGGCUACACCGCCAUGCCGGCCCCUAUGAGCAUGUAUUCGCACCCGGCCCACGAGCAGUACCCGGCCGGCAUGGCCAGAGCCUACGGACCUUACACCCCGCAGCCGCAGCCCAAGGAUAUGGUGAAGCCCCCCUACAGCUACAUCGCCCUCAUCACCAUGGCCAUCCAGAACGCGCCGGACAAGAAGAUCACCCUGAACGGGAUCUACCAGUUCAUCAUGGAGCGCUUCCCCUUCUACCGGGACAACAAGCAGGGCUGGCAGAACAGCAUCCGCCACAACCUCUCGCUCAACGAGUGCUUCGUCAAGGUGCCCCGGGACGACAAGAAGCCCGGCAAGGGCAGCUACUGGACGCUGGACCCGGACUCCUACAACAUGUUCGAGAACGGCAGCUUCCUGCGGCGGAGGCGGCGCUUCAAGAAGAAAGACGCCGUCAAGGACAAGGAGGAGAAGGACCGGCUGCACCUCAAGGAGCAGCCCCAGCCCCGGCAGCACCCGCAGGCCGAGCAGGAGAGCGGCGGGGCUGGGGGCGCGGCGGGGAGCGGGGCCGGCUCGCAGCAGCCGCCGCCGGUCCGCAUCCAGGACAUUAAGACCGAGAACGGCACCUCGUCUCCCCCGCAGGCCGUCUCGCCUCCCGGCGGGGGAGCGGCUGCCCUCAGCAGCGCCGUGCCCAAGAUCGAGAGUCCGGACAGCAGCAGCAGCCUGUCCAGCGGCAGCAGCCCCCACAGCAGCCUCCCCUCCAGCCGCUCGCUCAGUCUGGAGGCGCCCGACCCGCAGCACCAGCCCCACCACAGCCAAGGCUUCAGCGUGGACAACAUCAUGACCUCCCUGCGGGGCUCGCCUCAGGGCGCCAGCGAGCUCAGCUCCAGCCUCCUCGCCGCCUCCGCCGCCUCCUCCUCCGCCACCUCGUCCCGGACCGGCAUCCCCCCCUCGGUGGCCCUCGGCAGCUACUCCCCGGGCCAGAGCUCCCUCUACAGCUCCCCCUGCAGCCAGGGCGCCAACCCGGGCAGCGGGGCCGCGGCCGGGGGCACCUACCACUGCAACAUGCAAGCCAUGAGCCUGUACGCCGCGGCCGCCGCCGCUGGGGGAGGCGAGCGGGCCGGCCACCUGGCCAGCAGCGGGGCCAGCCCGGUGGAAGACCCCCUGCCCGACUACACCAUGCCCAGCAGCAGCAGCGCCUCCUCGCUGAGCCACGGCAGCUUGAGCACGGCGGCCGGCCACCAGGAGGGGCACCACGCGCACCCCGCCGCGCAUCAAGGGCGCCUGGCCUCCUGGUACCUAAACCAAGCCACGGCGGCGGGAGACCUGGGCCACUUGGCCAGCGCCGCCGGCUACCCCGGCCAGCAGCAGAACUUCCACGCGGUGCGGGAGAUGUUCGAGUCCCAGCGGCUGGGCUUGAAUAACUCGCCGGUGAACGGGAAUAGCAGCAGCUGUCAGAUGGCCUUUCCCUCCGGCCAGUCUCUCUACCGCACCUCAGGGGCUUUCGUGUAUGACUGCAGCAAGUUCUGACCAAAACCGGUCCCAGCAGGCCCCCCACCCCACCCCGAACAAUACAGAAAAGAGGCCAAACUUCAAGCAAGGACUAGAUCUUUUCUUUAACAAACCAAGCCGCCUCCUGCAAGCAGCGAGCGAACUCUCACAUAGUUUGUACAGAGACAGCCAAAAAAAAAAAAAAAAAUAAGUCAUGCCUUGGUUUGUUAAAAGGACAGUGUUACUCCAAAUAACACCCUAGGCUGACCAGACUGAGAUCAGUCCCUGGAGGAAGAGAUUCUUUGACUUACUUAAAAACGGAGAGAUAUUUCCACUCUAGCUUUUCAGCUCUUUCUGUUUUAAAAGCAGAUCAGAAGUAUGGCAGCAGCAGCAACAAAACUGUGUUUACCAUGGAGCUGUCUGUAUGGUAAUUUCUUUGACUUUUUCCAUUUAAUUAACUUAAUUAUAGACUGUACCGAGAUAAUUGCCCGUGCCAUUUGUCUGUUAGACUCUGUUGCUUGUGAUUGUGAUUGUUUUAGUUGGUUAAAACUAGGUUCCAAAGUCUUCAGUUGUUGUCUCAGCGGUCUGCAAAAAUAAAAUGUUAAGGGGAGGGCGGGAAUAAAUAGCACAGCAAAGCAGCGUUAGCUUUGAUUGUUCAAUCACCCGUUGGAUUGCGAGCGGGGUUAGUCGGUGGGGGAGUUUGAACAAGCGUAGGAUAAUUACUCCUACUGUCAAAGCAGCCCAGGGGCUCUAACAGAGACGACCCGCUUGCCCCAGGAGUGGCUAAACACCAAUGCCUGGUGAACAGGGCUAUGCUCUUUCUCUCACUGUCUCUCUGAAAAUUGGCGUUGCUGGCUUCUGUGAGCUGAGCCUGCCUGAUCCAGGCUGUUGUUAUUAACUAUUUACUCAUCCAUUGCCGCCUUCUUUUGUUGUGAAGACACACGUGGGCUGAGGAGCACAGUCACAGGUGGAGAGAUCAGAGACAUUUCAUUCUUCACGCGUCACAGAUAGUUGGACUUUGCCUUGUUGCGUUCCUAGCAGCCUCUCUUCGUUUAAACAGGAAAAAAAAAAACAGAAGCUGAUGUUUCAGACGGUUCUGUGCUGCUCCUUUGGGCUGUGUGACCUGAUUGUGCAUUAGAUGUUAGCAAAUGAAAACAUCUCAAUCAGAUUAUCGGGUAUUUCCAUUGAUUUGUGUGUCCACGCGCGCAGUUGUAAUACAUACAAGGCGCUGGUGGUGUUACUACAACGCUAAGGCAAAUGACUCUCCCUCAUUUCGUUUAGGAAGGAAGAGGUGCAUUUGCUAGCCACACACUUUUUUUAAACGCAGAAAAUGAGAAUGUAAAUAAUAUUAGUGGGUGCUUAAAGUCUCCGUGGUAGACAGUGACUCAGAGCAAAUUGGCAAAGGUUACCUCAAUAGACAGCUAGGUAAUAUAAUUAGGUGCUCUCCUACUGUUGAUCAGCUGUUCUGAUACAACUUUCAACCUAACAUUUAGAAUAACGAUGGGAGGGAGGCAGAGAAAUAAAAAGUUGCUUUUGGCCCGUGAUACGUUGCUGCUGAUAAAGGCUAAAAGGCUCGGAGACGAUUGGGAGUCUUUGUUAGGAAAGUUUUUGGACUCUGGCAAAUGUUGACAGAGGUUCUUCUUUGCCGUUUGCUGCGUUUCCCUCCUUGUAGGCAAACAUUUUGCCUUUAGGACAUAAACUCCCAGCAGUUCAGAGAGGGAGCCCAGCUCAGAACAAGCGAUCACCCUUGACGUUCAUUCAACCAAUAAUAGAUUCUUUUCCCUCCCCCCUCCCCCCGUGAGAAAUAGGAAAAGCAAACCAUACAUUCUUAUUAUACACGCUAACCACCCAGUAGCGAUCGGUCUGACACCAAGCUCAAGUAGAGAUGAGUAUCAAACCCUGUAAUGAAUUUGCAAGGAACUGGAUCCAAUGAAGCAGAUGAAAGAUGCAUCUAUGAACCCCUUGCAUCUGUGGUGUUAUCCUUCAAACAGAGUGGGCCACAUUCUGCACUGACAUACAUCCCGGGUAUCUGCAUUAACUUCAGUAGGGUUGAGUAGGUAAAUGGUUAGCUCAAUGUUUGGGUCAGUAUUUUUUAAGUUAAAACUAAAUUUGAAAACACUGUUAACUAUUUGCUUUUCUCUCGGGGAAAAAAAUGUUCUUGUUUUUGGCCCUAGAUAAUAUUGUAUUUUAGCUGAUUAAAUAUGAUUAUUUCCUAAUCCAUCAGUUAAACGAAGCUAAAAUUAAUUUCUAAUUCCAUUAAAUAGAAAGGUAAAAUGUUCCUUUCCUAGAUAAUUUCCCUCUUUUAUCUUAAAAAAAAAUUGUAUAUUUUUCACAUAGAGAAAUGGCGCAUUUAAAUAAUUUAAAAGCCUUGUUGAACAUAUUUACAUUUAUUUACCCACACAUGCCAGGUAAGAAUAAAACUAAACUGGCGGGUAUAUUUUUGUUCAGGAUGCAAUAUAUUCGUUAACAUUAUUUCAAGGCUUUACUGAAUACUCACCAAGUUCAGAAAAAAUAUGUUUCAAAGGAAGCUUGAGAAUAUUUUUUUCCAUAUGUGGACUUCAACGUCAUAAUCUUCGCGUGUUAUUAGUAACCCUUGUGGUUUACAUUUUAUUCAAAUCCUUUUUAGUUCCAACAACAAUCUCUCUUUUCCUUUGUUCUCUCGUCCCUUCUCUUCCCCCCCCCCCCCCAUGCUAAAGCUGAAUUAAGCGAACAUUCUGUUCAUGGAAAGCCACCUCGAGGCUUCAAUUAUUUUGUGUGUUUCAAGUUACACGUUCUAACAUGGGCCCAUACUUUGUGGCUAAUAUUUUUAAUGUAACCAGCUACUUAGCAUUAGGAUAUAGAAAAAAGUGUAUUGUUCCGGAUAACACCUGAACGUUAGUUAUGCAUUGAAUAAGACACUAUAUGUGUCAUGUGUAGGUGUGAGUGAGAACGUGCUUGCAUGACUUUUAGAAAUACUUGCUCCUAUGGCAGUGUAUUAAGUCAUAGCGUGCCCUCCAGGUUUAUCCAGAUUUCAUUGAUUUUUAGAAGGAGGAACUUCUCAUUUAAAAUUUCCCCAUUAUUGUAGCUGGUUCAUUUUUGUUCUCUUUCAGGUUCAUUCGUUACUGUUCAGUCCAUUGCUCGUUUUUUAACUUCUUCUUUUUAAGCCGAGUUCAUUAAUAAAAUAAGUGGGUCAAAUAAAUUUUGCGAUUCUUGGUAGGUGCUUGAAGCAUAUGUUUAAGUGUGUGUGUGCGAGGGAGAUGGAACUAGGAUAUGGCUUUAUCAGGGCGGGCGCGAGAAACCUGCUAACCAAGAGCUUUCUAUAUAUGAAAAAGCAUAAUGCGACCGCUCACCUUUUUCCUGGCUGGAGUAACAGCUGUAGUGGAAUAGGACCAUUUUCUGUGCUAGCCGAGAAUCUUCCUCGAUCAUUAUCUGUGUCUAUUCCAAAUAUCCUCUCCCUCUUGCCGCUUACCCCAGCUCUCUGUGUGUUUGCAGAGGCUCGAGCUCAGGAGUGUUUUAAUGUGCUGGCAAAUACGCACAAAGGUAGCGCGGUGGUGGGAUGAAUUUUGUCCCUCCAGUUUUAAUUAUGAUCAGGCUCAUAAAGCCAUUCUCUUCUUUCCAAAGUCAUAAACAAACGUCGCGUUAGGUCGCGAUUGAUGGUGUCUCGUGCCAUAAAAGCCGGCCAGGUCAGGAAGGAAUAAAAUUCAAUCAGAGCUGCGGCAUCAUUUUUCAGGGGGAUGGAAAGACAGAAAAGGAGACGGAGGUCAAGGGAGAGGAUGUCACCAUUUCACAACACACCGGAGGAGGAGGGAAGCGUUAAUGAGCUAUUGUUUUUAUCAAGUGGAGUCUGAUUUAAUCAAACAAUCGCUAGAUGAGUGGGAGAGGGGUGGAAGCCUAGGCGGGCGAGUUUUAAAUCCCAGCUCUUUGGGUAUUAGCACCUCUGAGCCCAUUCUUACCCAUCUUUACUCGGGUGGUUCCUUUAUUCAGUGGGGGCUAAAAGGGUGAGGGAAGUGUUGUAGGAGCAUGCAACUCUCUAGUACAGGAAAGUCGGGCUGUGUUAAAAGUGUAUUAAUCGAGUGUUCCUGGGGAAAAUAAGUCCUAAUGAACCGAACCCUGACAAUUUGUGGGGUCAGAAGACAGGAUCAGGGGCUUAUCAGGAAUCGGUGAAGAACAGUUUAGUGAUUAUUUUUCUCCUUUGUAUCAAUCUUAUAAUUUAUGUUUUAAAAUGGCUCACUGGACAAAACAAAACCCUACACAAAUCAUCAUGUGAGUGUUAAGAUCUCUUGACUUGCUGGUGGAGACACUGCUCGGUUUUUGUUUUGUUUAAAACAAAACCUGCCUCCCACCAUUGUUUUCCUUUAACCAUUAACAUAAUUUUGUAUGAGCUGUCCUGGUUUUAGCAUGGGUGAGUUGUGCUAGGUUCCGAUUUAAUAUUUGCUUGAUCCUUUUGACAAAGGCUGUUUGAGCUGCUGGGCCGAGUUUUCUUUCAGUGUCAUGCUAGUGUAAACGAAAAGCAGAAUUCGGCGCAACCGAUUAGAAAUAAUGGGGAGGAGGGCUAGAUGAGGGAGAGGUUUAAGGGGAUAUAUUGCACAGCCCCGCAGGCGUCACCAAGUUCAGCACACCCAAUCUAUGAAAAAUGAGUAGAGGACUAACAAACGAGCUGACGGUCCAGUUGUGGGUUGGUUUUUGUUUGUUUGUUUGUUUGUUUUGUCGUCUUGUUGUUGUUGUUUUAUCUAAGAAAGAUUGAAACGACAAAGGUUAGAAAAGCGAUUAGGGGUGUAAAAUUGAAGAAAAUGGAGCAUAUCCGCCUUACUGAAAACAAAAAGCCAUGCACGAAGCAUUCUUUCUUUUGUUACAUUUAUUUCCAGACAUUCUAUUAGUUGCUAGGAGGAGACCUUCUGUUUUGUAUUAUAUAUUAUAUAUAAUGUGUUUACUUGACUUUUCCCCCCGACUGACUUUAAAUUUGCUGGCAUAUUGAGCAUAUUAUGGGAGACUGAGGGCAACUGGAAUUCUAAAUGUCUGUGUAGUGUGCUCGGGUGAGUGCUUACGCACCGAUGCCCAUACACAUAAGUCCAGGCCGUCGGUAUGUGUCUCCCACAGCUUCAUCCCAGGGUUUUGGGAGUGAGACACUGCUAUUCCAACCCAGGGAGACUAGUUCCAAUGCCUGCUUUAUUAACUGUAACAAUGACUACAAAAAUCAGUUUGUCCCCGCCAGCAAGGCGAGAUCUCCAGCUCAUUUUCCUCUGGACUGAAAGCGGAUUAACUAUGCCGAACACACUUAUUGCUGCUGAGACAAGACCCGAAUUCCCCUGUUCCGUGGGCGGCCCGCACGCCUGUUUAAAGCUUCCUAGAGCUGCAGCUAAUCUGCAAUGUUGCAGAGAAAACGCAGCCCAGACAGGGCCCAGGCACACGCUCAAUGCGUAUCCCUUUCUCUGAACCCCAGCUCAUCGCUGCGGGGAUCUCCUUGUGCAGCAGCCCUCUCUGGAUUUUCCUACAUCCUGACUGGUGUUUUUCCCGGAGAGUAGUGGGGAGAACAGGAAGAAAAUGGUGCCUGUUUACUCUCUGCCUUCUUCCCAAAUCAGACAUGCAGGGCUCUUUAUUUUGCAACUUGUCUUCUUUAGUUUUGUGCAAAAGAACAAAUGCAUGUCCCAGCCACUUCUGCCUGCAAAGGCCAGGGCUUGUAGGUCGCCGGCUGGAUGGGAAUUGGGUGGUCGGCAAUUUUUUUGCCCCCUAAAUAAACACAGCUUGAAUCGACUUGGGUGGGCAGAAGGGAACAAUUUGUGAGCCAGGGAGCGAGCUCUGGGCAGGCAGUUGGCCCGAGACUUACCUGCUGGAGACUUUCACCUGACCUUUAGCUGUCAAGGGGCUGCUCAAUAUAUUACCCUGAGUUCAGCUCAACUUUCUUUAGACUGAUUUCAGCAACAAAUUUUG